AUGUCAGAACUCGCCUUCUGCAAGUCAUUCCUGAGCGCCCUCGACGCGCGCCCCGUCAAGCUAUCCUCGGACCACAUAGCAGAUGCGCGGCAAUAUCCUGCGCAAGGCGCCUACACGCUGCCCCGCCUCCCACAUCCGCCCCACCCACAGCGCCCAACCCCAAAGUCCACAGACGGCAACGAAGCCUCUGCCUCAUCGACUUCGACCAUUACGGUGACGCUCAAGCCCAUGAAGCCUUCGACGCCCACAAUCCCCCUCUCGGAUAUCGACCCCGCCAAAACAUCCGUCUACGAUCUCAAGCAGCAGUAUGCGACAAAGGCCUCAUUAUCAGCAGCCAAGAUCAAGAUCCUGUACAAGAAAAAGCCCGUGACGGAUUCAAAGAUGUUGCUGGAAGUAAUAGGCGCUGAUGCUGGCGCCGACGUCGAGUUUGGUGUCAUGGUCAUGGCAGGUGCUGCUGCGGCUAGUAGCCCCGCCGCGGGAAAUACGCCCGUGACGAGCCCGCCUGCGGUUGCGCCCCCGACAGAGAGUGAAAAGGGCCUGGCUAGCGCAGGAGAAACGUCUGGGGGCGCCGUGCCUGGAGCUAGUGCUAGUGGGAAAGAAGUUGUGGCGACAGAAGAAUUCUGGGGUGAUCUAAAGACCUUCAUAUUGCAGAGGAUAAAGGACGCAGAAGAAGGUGAGAGAUUGGUGGGCGUGUUCAAGAGCGCUUGGGAACAAAACCAGUAA